CCCGAGUUAUGACCCCCCUGUGCUCAGUUCCAGCGCCGACACGACCACGACGAUGGCAUCGGCACGAGCGUGGGUCCUCGCAGCGGUUCUCCUGGUCUGCCUCCUCGCCGGUCCCACCGACGGCUGGCGGAGGCGACGCCGCCGACGCUGCACGUAUUACAGAUCGGCCCUACCCGGCGCCGUCAACAACUGGGACCAGCCCUUCACCUUCCAGUGUUACGGAAACCAGGCCAUCUACCGUGUCCAGAGCGUCCACUGCAACAGGGCCGAGGACCGAGUCUGGCGGUUCCAGUGCAGGUCUGUUCCGGGGCUUUCUUACUUCAACUGGCACUACUGGUCGCCAUGGAUCAACACCUUUGACAACUACAUGAACUACAACUGUCCGUUCAACGGCGUCGUCACCGGCUUCAAGAGCGAGCAUUCCAACAGCCGCGAGGACCGCCGCUGGAAGGUGAGGUGCUCCACCAAGUGGGGAAUGACAACCUACAACUGCUACUCGUCCCCUUAUGCGAACUACUGGGACGCCGCCAUGAACUACUACGCUCCCUAUGGCUACUACUUACGGGGCAUGUAUGGACACCACGACAAUGGCCGAGAGGAUCGGCGCUAUGGAUUCCGCUUGUGCAGGAUCAGGUUGUAGCGAUCUGGCCUGGCGGUACAACAACACUGAGUGUGGAUCCGAUACAGUCAAAUUAAGUUUCAAUAUUUUUGCACUUAGUUGCAUUGGCCAUGAUAUAUAAGUGUUUUAUGAUAAAAUUUCGCUUUGUCAUUUUAGUCCGGACCAACACGUGCAUGUUUUUCUAUUUAGUGAAAGGUUCACAAUACUUCAUUCCUCUGAUUUAAAUCCGCAGUGAUUAUUUAAAUCGACGGUGAUUUUGCCUGAAGUGAAUUAAUUAUCAUUGAAGCGGUGUUUGCUAUGUACAUGUAUAGUUAUCACGUUUGUUGAUUCACAGUGUUCUUCGUCGUCUGCAGUCCUUCUGUAGUAGUUUCAUUUUGCUCAAUAUACCUGUCUUCUAUUCACAUUUGAGGUUCUGUCAUAACUAUGAUUUAAAGGAAGUGAAGCUAGUUGCACCACAAACUACCGGCAAUAAAUCCUAAAAGAAUUGAC